AUGACGUCGACCUCUUUCCUCUCAUCUUCACGCUGCCCCAUCGAACUUCUCUCAGAAAUCUUUCUCCACUGCGCGGAGUACCCUAUCCUUUCCGUCGUGGACGGUCGAUUGGCUCCAUUACUUCUCUUACGAGUCUGUCGACGAUGGAAUGAGGUCGCACUCGCAACUCCUCGACUGUGGUCAGAUUUCCAUGUCGCGAUGCAUAGUCCUGGCUGGAUGAAAAUGGUAGAGCAGUGGGUAGACCGACUGGAGACCGCAACGACAGAAGAGCGCCAGAAUAUGCUGGCCAACCAGCCAGAAGACGAUCAAGAUGCUCAAUUUCUCAACUUCCAAUUCGGUGCCUUUCAGCGUUGGAUAGAACGCUCGAAAUCUGCACCUUUGGCAUGCAAGGUGCUUCCAGGCGAUUUGACUAGCCCUCUGCGACAGGACAUAUACCGCCAGUAUCUAUGCGUACUCAUCAGAAAUUCCUGGCAUUGGGGAAAUAUCACAUUACUGGCACUCCCGUCUCGCCUCCCAGAAUGUCUUUCCAGCGACUCUCCUGUCUCCAAGCUUCGCAAAAUAUCGUUACUUCCCGAAGGCUCUAUCGUUGCAACACAAGAAGGUCCAGAUCCUUCCCUCUUAAAGGCUUUACAAUCCGCUCGCCAGCUCCAGGACUUCUCCACGAAGAGUUACAAAUCAUGGACGUGGACUUUGCCUUGGACUCAGCUCACUCGACUGAGCUUCAGUACAGUCAGCGUCACAACGGUGGAUGCUGAGUUGAUCUUCGACGUGGUAUCGGAGUGUACGGCGCUGCAAUCCUUCUCAAUCCAAGUCAUCUCUCCUCCGCCCCUCCCCUCAGUUGUCCGCGACAUAGGCCAAAGAGCACUAAUCCACCCCACAUUGCAACAGCUUUUCAUCUUCGCAAACACGGGCCUCGUCCAUUCCAUGCUCAAUCGCCUCACUUUCAACUCGCUCCGAAGUUUGGAGAUCGCCGAGGCCAACUUCCUGGACGAGCCGCCUGUCCCAUUCCCGUCCAUUCUCCUAAGCCCUUUCGGUACCUCGUCUUCUACUCUAGAGCGGCUUCACCUACAACUGUGCCGAAUCGCUCUCGACGACGUGGUCGAGGUCAUCAAGCCAUUUCAUGCUCUCUCCUGCCUUUAUACCCCGCACUUGGACGUUCCUGACAAUCAGAACGCUCCUAAGUUCGUCGAGAGCAUGACACUGCGAUUUGACUCCAGUGGUCGCAUGAUCUCUGGCCAAAACCCAUUGCUUGAGACAUUAGAUGCAUCCCUCUCUUCCGCCUUCUUUGACUUGGAAGAUCAGUUCGUCGAUAUGAUCGAAUCUCGUUGGCGGCUCCCGCCAUCACCUGUAACCACCGAUGGCCGGCCGGUACCUCGCCUACGCCAAUUAAGGAUCGCGUCGUACUUCGCCGUCGAGCUGAAGAAUAAAAGGCCUGAAGCAUACAAACGGCUACGCUCGUUCAAGGACGAAGGGAUGAGGAUAUCGAGGUUUGGUGGGACUAAUGCAAAUUGGUGA